UGACUCUCCUUGAGUUUUUCUGUUCUUUCCUAAAGACGCGUUUGUUUUAUCGUUGUUUUUUUUUUGUUGUUACAAUUUGCUGUUACCAAUGAAAUGAAAGGAUGAAAAUGGUGUGCUGUGUUGUUGUAUGUCAGUGUUUUUAGACUGAGUUGUCCUGUUGUUUUCAUUUUUUUUCUGAUUUGUUUGGUUUGGUUUUAUUUUUGCUAGGUUUUUGUCUUUCUGUUCUUGUGUAUGUAUGUGUGUUUGUAACUGUGUUUGUGUGUGUGUGUGUGUGUGUGUGUGUUGGGUUGAAGAAGGUGAAGAAGAAUAAGGAUUUGGUUGGUUGAAAGGUCGUGAAUGUGUGUGUGUGUGUGUGUGUGUAUGCUGUUGAUAUAAUCCGGUAUUAAUCACCAUCAUCAUCAUUAUCGUAUCGAACGUUUGGAUCCAACGUGUUUAAAGAACCGGCUUGUUUUUGUGUGUAUAUGUGUGCCUGUGUGUCUUUAUUUUAAAAAAGGGUGACAUAUUGUCAUUUGAUUGUGUUGAUAUAUAAUUCUUUUAAUUUGAAUUCGGAUAAGAUUCAUUCAAUAAAAUAAAAAAAAAUCAGCGAAUCAAUGUUGUCGUCGAUGAUUCUAGGACCAAAGAUUCUUUCUUUAUCUUUGUUUGUGCACCAUCGUCAUAGUGAUUGUUGUUGUCAGAAUAAAUUUUGGAAAUAAUUAUUAUCGGCCAUUAACAUCUCUGUUUUUUAUUGAUCAAGAAGCUGGGUUUUGUACUACGACAGCAAAAAAGAAAAUUCAUCGAACGUCAAUUUCGACUAAAAUCGAUUGUUUGUUUGUGUGUGUGUGUGUACCACAUUGUGUGUUCACAAAUUCAUAAUCAUUUGUAAAAAAAAAAACCAACAAGAAGAAAAAAAAUGUCUGACGAUCGAAGUGGAGACGAUUCUCAUCAGACAUCUAGUAAUGUCUCAUCAGCUGGUGGUGAACAGCCAACCCAACAGAAUGAACAAGAAUUGGCUACAAAAACUUUGUAUAUCCAACAUAAACGUUUCUAUUUGGAUGUCAAACAAAAUCAUCGUGGAAGAUUUAUCAAAGUGGCUGAAGUUGGCAGCGCUGGACGAAAAAGUCGAUUAUUAUUAUCGAUGGCUGCAUCACGAGAAUUUCGUGAUCAUUUAACAACUUUUUCUGAGCUCUAUGCUUCAUUAGGUCCACCGAAUCUUGAUAAUUAUCCUGAAGAUGGCAAAAUCAAAUCAGAAAUUAUCAUUAAAGAUAAUAGAAGAUAUUUUCUCGAUCUAAAGGAAAAUACUCGUGGUCGUUUUCUAAGGGUUUCGCAAUCAUUUACACAUGGUGGAACCCGAACACAAAUUGCAAUUCCGGCACAAGGAAUGAUUGAAUUUCGAGAUGCUUUGACCGAUUUACUUGAUGAAUUUGGUACCGAAGAAGGGGGAUUUCGAGAUGCAUUACCGGAAGGAACGAAUUUCCGGGUUGAGAAUAAAAAAUUCUAUUUUGACAUUGGACAGAAUAAAAUUGGUGUUUUUAUGCGUAUAUCAGAGGUAAAAAGUAGUACGCGUUCAUCGAUCACCAUUCCAGAAAGAUCAUGGGCUCGUUUUCGUGACAUAUUUGCUGAAUAUGUUGAUAAAAUGAAUCCAAAUAAUAAUAGUACCAAUAUAACAUCAGCCACCACUUCAGGUGGUGUUGCAUCAACUAGUGGUGGUGUAGGUGGUACAGGUGAUGAAAGUGGUGAAAAAACUACAACAACAAUUACUACGGGUACCAAAUCAAGUAAAUCACAACAAGAAUCAUCAUCAUCAUCAGCAACAACAGCAUCAACGUCAUCAUCAUCAACAUCGGCUAAAUGAUUUCAAACAAAACAAAACAAAAAAACUCAAAUCAAAUCAACUCAAAAUCUUCAAAUAAUUAAUUGACAAAAACAAAAAAAAAAAAAAUGAUUUGUUGUUGUUGUUGUUGCUGCUGCUUGGCCUAGUAAUGAUUUUCAUCUCAUGUUCCACUAUCCCAAAUCAUCAUCAUCAUCAUCAUUAUUAUUAUUAUAUAAUUAAUAUAAAUAUAUAUGAAUUUCAAUAAUAUUCAGCAAUUUGCAAGCACGCACGUCAAGAAAAGAUUUAUCAAAUUUUCAGAUGAUUAUGAUUAUUAUUAUUAUAUUUCAAUAUAUUUCAAAAUUUGAAAGAAAGAAAGA